AUGAGACUAAUAUUCGCGUUUACCCUAUUCUUUAUGACCGUCCUCUGUGGAGUGAUCCCAACUCAUCAACGACACCGAAGGCAAUCGUUAGACUCCUUUGGGUCAUUUGGAGCCCAAUCGAUGAGCGGAGGUGAUCAGAUGAGCCAGAUGUUCCAGCAACAACAACAACAACAACAACAACAACAACGGAUGCAAUUCGAGAAUCAAUUGAUGACAAACCUGUUGAGGUUCAUCGAGAAGUACAACGCCGAGAACAAGAAUCGACUG